AUGUCUGAAUCGGAGAAGUUUCCACCACUGCCUCCCCAACCUUCCGUAGAGGAUGCCGAGAGGGAGGGAGUGGAAAAGGAACAUACUCAAGAUGAUAGCACCAACCCAGACACACUGGUGCCAGAAGAAGCCAGUGUGGGCCCGAGUGUCUCGUCCUCCCAACGGUGGCGGACUGCAAGCCAACGCAUUCGCAACCGUGCCACCACAAUAGCAGAGAGGCUCGGCCGGCCUCACGAGAGAGAAGCAGAUGGUUUGGACUCCCCAAUGCUCCCGGAGUACUAUGGAGCAACGGACGACAUCCGAAGCUACGAGGCCCGACGGGCAAACGACGAGGAGGAUCGUCUGCCUGGCACAGACUACGAUGCACAGGCUCGUCUGCUGGUGGAAAGACUGGGCUUCCAAUCCGACCCCAGACCUCCUCGAAUCGCAGAACCUGCAUCUGGGGCCACGACCCCGGGCACUCCAGAGGGGAUGGCAAGCCCCGGAGGUCCUCCAGGGGGCCUUUUGUCACAAUUGCUCCGUGUUUACGCCAACAACCUUCAUUCAGCGAGCCGCAUGAGCCUCGUGUCUACCGCAGCAGAGACAGAUCCAGACACGGAGACACUGGCGCCGUCUGUGGCACCGUCCGGCACAACAACGCCAGGUGGAAAGAAAGAUAAAUUGAAGUGGUACGCUAAUGGUCACAAGCCCACCAAGUCAAACCACAGCUACACAUCUUCCCUCGUCCAGGCCUCCAUGGACAUGGGCCGCGUCGGUGUCCCCAAUGCCGCGGGUCCCCCUCCCGCCAACCCCAAGCAGCUCAAGAAGGAGAAACGCAAAAGCAAGAAAGACGUCAAGCUCACUAUCCACAUUGCGCAGCUCCUCGCCCGCCAGCAAUACAUCAUGCAGCUCUGCCGUGCGCUGAUGAAGUACGGCGCCCCGACUCACCGACUCGAAGAGUAUAUGAUGAUGACCUCCAACGUGCUCGAGGUCAAGGCUCAGUUCUUGUACAUCCCAGGUUGCAUGUUCAUGUCGUUCGACGACCCUCUGACUCGCACAGCGGAGGUGAAGAUCAUCCGUGUGAUCCAGGGACUUGACUUAUCCAGACUCGCUGAGACGCACAACGUCUACAAGAAUGUCGUGCACGACGUCGUCGGCGUCGAGCAAGCGACCCAGGACCUCGACCAGAUCAUGCAGCGGAACCCGCGCUACAACCGCUGGAUGCUAGUGUGUCUGACCGGACUAGCCAGUGUGGCAGUCGGCCCUUACUCAUUCAGCGCACGUCCAGUCGACCUCCCCAUCAUUUUCAUCCUGGGAUGUCUAGUAGGCCUAAUGCAGCACGUCCUCGCCCCAGCCUCAGCAACCUACUCAAACGUUCUCGAAGUCUCCGCCGCAAUCCUAACCUCCUUCCUCGCCCGUGCCUUCGGCAGUAUCCACAAGAACGGCGAGCCCGUCUUCUGCUUCUCAGCAAUGGCCCAAUCCUCCAUCGCAAUGAUCCUCCCCGGAUUCUCGGUGCUAAGCAGCAGUCUCGAGCUCCAAUCCCAUCAAAUGAACGCCGGAUCUAUCCGAAUGGUCUUCACAAUUAUCUACUCCCUCUUCCUCGGUUACGGCGUAACAGUCGGCACAACAAUAUACGGAUUAAUGGACGGAGCCGCAACCACGGCCUCAACAUGCUCAGGUCUCCCAGAAGCCUGGGGAAAUCAAUACAUCCAACAUUUCCCAUUCGUCGCACUAUUCUGCCUCUUCGCGGCUCUGAUCAACCAAUCAAAAGCCAAACAACUCCCUGUCACCAUCACCAUGGGCGUAUGCGGAUACGUCGCCAAUUACUUCAGUACCAAGAAACUAGGCUCCAACCAAGUCGCCAAUACCAUUGGCGCAUUCACAAUCGGCCUCUUGGCCAAUCUGUACAGUCGAAUCUGGCACGGCCAUGCCGCUGCCGCUAUCAUCCCGGGCAUUUUCACGCUUGUUCCGUCUGGUCUUGCGUCCAGUGGAUCUAUCAUCUCUGGUCUGGAGUAUGCGGAGGCUGUCAAGUCGGGGAAUGUUAACAGUUCUUCCGGGGCAACGAGUAAUAGCUCGCUUACCUCGCUUGGAUACGGUAUGAUCCAGACAGCCAUUGGUAUCUCGGUUGGUUUGUUUGUGUCGGCUUUGCUGGUUUAUCCCUAUGGAAAGAAGAGGAGUGGUAUUUUCAGUCUUUGA